AUGACGAACGUCCAUCUCCCCACUGCCGCCAACCCCGGACCCUUUGGCCACCAACAGCGCAAGAACUUCUUGUUCCCCGAAAACUACACUCAGUUCAACCACGGCUCCUUCGGCACAUUCCCCAAGGUCGUCCAGGAUGACAUGCGUGCCUGGCAUGACCGCGCUGAACAAAAUCCAGACCUCUGGAUGCGCCGCGACUUGUACGUGGCCCUGAACGACAUCCGCGCCCAGCUCGCAGAAUUCGUCAACUGCGACAAGGAAGAACUCGCCCUCGUCACCAACACCACCGUCGGCGUCAACACCGUCCUCCGCUCCCUUCCCUUUGUCCCCGGUGAUCGCAUCCUCGUCCUCUCGACCGGUUACGUCUCUGUCAACCAGACUGUCCGUUAUAUCUGUGAUACCCACCAGGACGUUAAAGUUAUCGAGGUCCCUGUUACCUUCCCUAUUAGCGACAAGGAUUUGUUGGCCAAGGUUGAAGAUACGUUGAAGGCACAUCAGGAGUUGAAGGAUGGAUCGAGGAUCAAGUUGGGAAUUGUGGAUUGGAUCUCGAGUGUGCCGUCGGUUGUGCAUCCUGUCAAGGAAUUGGUCGAGCUUUUGCACAGUUAUGGCGCCUUGGUCUAUGUCGAUGGCGCACAUUCAAUUGGUCAGGUCCCUGUCGAUUUGAGCCAUCUUCGUCCCGACUUUUACAUCGCCAACUGCCACAAGUGGCUGUACAGUGUCCGUGGAUCAGCUUUGUUAUAUGUUGCCAAGCGCCACCAACAUCUAAUCCACCCAACGUCCAUCACCGGAGACUACACCUCAGGCUUCGAAAAGGAAUUUGGCUGGGCUGGCACCCAGGACUACUCCUCCCUCAUGUCCAUCCUCUCCGCUUUAAAGUUCCGUAAACAAUUCGGAGAAGAUGCCAUCAUCUCCUACACCCACUCGUUGGCCCUCGAGGGUGGAAAGGCCAUGGCCAAGAUCCUUGGCACCCAUUGCCUCACCCCCGACGACCACCAGGUCGGCAACAUGGUGAAUAUUGCUCUCCCUAUCAAGGAUUUGAAUCACCUCAAGGCCAACACCAAGGACUUCAUGGAGAUCUUGAUGGACAAGUAUAAUGUCUACACGCCUGCUUUCCGUCAUGGAGACCAUUUCUAUACCCGUGUCUCGGCCCAGAUCUAUCUUGAGCUUGAGGAUUUUAUCCGCCUGGCUAACAUCUGGAAGGAAGUCAUUGACGACCUCAACGCCUCUUCUUAA